GGUUUUCUCGGAGGCGCGAUGACGGAGUUAUCGGACUCCUCGGCCGAUCCCCAUAAAUUUGGAGAAGCGUUUCGGAGAUCAUGUAAUUUGACAACCUCGCGUUGGUUCCUGUCAACCCAGGCCCUGCCCUUUCCGGUCGCUAUCUUAUCUUGUUCUCCCAAUGGCGCAAAUUCCCACCCCUCCUGCGUCUCGCCAUGGUUCAGAAUCCCCCGAGACCGAGUACAAACAGAUUCCAGUAGUUGACACCUCCGACUUGUUGCAAUCACUAGACACGCUUCUAGAACGGUAUCUCCAUCUCUUAGAUCGUCAUCAGAAAUUACAGGCCGAACUCGCCACAACUCUAUCUUCGGGGUUCCUCUCACUCGCUCAAGCCAACUACACCUGUCCCCCAGGCCGGAGAUAUGGAGCAGACUACUACGAUGAACGUAUGAAAGCAACAAGAAAGGUGGACCUAGAACCCCCUACAUCCUCCACUAACAAUGUCGAGGCAUCCAGUGUCGAUGAAUCGUCCGAUGAUUCUACCAAGCGCGGCGAGUCUAAGCGCAUAUUCACUAUUAGGCUACCUACAAGUGAUAGUGCAGAGGAACCGUCUGAGUUGACUAGAGGAGAAAACCAAUCUCACUCGAGUGACGCAUCCACGUCGGAAUGUGAGGGUUCUGAGAAGAAGCGUGACGCUAAGGCAGAGGCUUCCACAACUUCAUCGGAUAGCCCUGGGGCGCAAGAGCCGGCAGAGACAAAGCCUAGAUCUUCAGAGAAGAAGCCCCGCUCUUCCAACCCCAUUAGAUGGUACGGAAUCUUGGUGCCGCCUUUCCUUCGUAGUGCUCAGAAAUCUUUUACGGAGGCUGUAGGGGGUCCCUUGCCUGAGCUGGCGAGUGUGGUGGUCGAGAUGCAAGCCGUGGAAAAGGAGGUGAAACGUGUGCGCAAGAAGAUCGACCAAGCAUGAUUGUGAAUGCGACUCAUUAUAUAUAUAUGUACUAAUAUAUGUAUGCAUGUAUAUGUAUGUGUACAUGUAUAUGUAUAGACCCUGGAAGCUUUAAGUGAGGAAUGCAGAAGAGGCGCAAUGCCAUGCAAUUAGAUAAGCUUACAUGGAUGGUUCAACUGCGCGCCGAAUUUGGUCAAGUGGUAUCACUCAUUAUUUUUAAAUGCUGAACAAAGCCGUCCGGGGGUCUACUACCUAUGUACUAGUAUUUUGUAUGUACGUACUGACUCCUUGGACAGAUGGGUAGUAAUGGGUACUCUAACAACCUCGGCAUCUGCGAUGUUUAUAUUGUGUGGUCCUUCCACGAAGCACAGGCCAUGGUCAAGUGGAGAGAGGUGGAAUCUGU